AUGAAAAGAACACUCCCCGAAGAGCUGAAACCGGAGUUUAUCGGUCCGCGCCUACGUCCCGUCAUGCCAAACCGGCGCCAUUCGAUAGGGGAGCAAGUGGACGAUUGCACAUUCGGGUCUUUGAACGCCAGGAUGCAUGAAUUCAAAGAGCCCGCUCAGAACGGCCACGUCGACAAACACCGCAACGAUUUCUUGCGCAACCCCCCGGUGCUGUAUUGGUCGCCAGCCGCUUGUCAUGUGAGAGCCACUGUGUCCCGUUCUAUCCCAGAGUGUACCGCAGAAGUCAGGGGACCACAUGACAGUAAACAAAACGAAGACGCAGGGGAUAUCACGACGCGUCCAGGCUUCGAAACAUCGAUUCCGGGCCCUGUUGCGGGGCCCGGAAGUGCAGUUGCCAAGGUUCCAAGGGCUGCACUAAGCUUUGGAAUUCAAAGCAAGUUUACUGACAUUUCUUCACGAGGCCUCUCCCCAAAAUUUGAAUAUGAGGUAUCAGACAGUCGGGAACUGGCUAUUGCAGAGACAGAGGUAGAUUGGACACAAAAGGAAAGUCGUUGUGACCACACUAUUGAAAUGUUUAGGCAGCCGAAAACGGAUCCAAUCACCGUGAAUAUAUUGAUUGAACAAGUACGAGAAAUAUACAGGGAUCUGGUGAUAGCGGAGAAAGCGUGCAUUGUACUUGAUGGGCGACACAGGAUGUCGAGAGGAGAACUGUCAAACGGGCAAUGGCAGGCUCUUCUGUCGGCACACAGCUCACUUCUCUACCAUCAUCACGAUUUUCUCUGUGCAUCUCAACACCCGGUAGCGGAUCCGAUUACAAAGCGCUUACCUGGAAAAUAUGCCAUACCAGCGCGUAUGUGGAAAUAUGCAAUCCACUCAUUCUUAGAGUUGAUGGGCCUGAGGCUCCGCGGCUCGCUGGGAUAUAUGACUGGUUUCAUCCAUCUCGCAUACUCGACUGUGACACUGCUGCUGGAACAUGUGGCUGAAUUCAAAGACAUAUGGAUCGAAUGCCUGGGGGACUUGGCGCGCUAUCGAAUGGCCAUAGAAGGAUUUCAUGGUGCAGACCACAGGCUCUGGGCUGAUAUUUCUAGGUACUGGUAUCACCACCAUGCAGCCGCAAUUGGGAGAACGGACAGUGCCGCUCAAGUUACAUCCUGCAAUUUCGCCGCGAUGUUCCAUUAUGGGAGCACAGACGGGCUGAUAGAUUGUGAUUUCAGCCCUCGGGAUCGCCCUGCUACCGAGGAAAGGCGAAAGUUGGUAGCGCAGUGGACAUCCAGUGCUGGCCCAUUCGAUUCUACGGAUGGUGGCAUAUCAUCCCAGCUCAUGCUCCGGGCAAGUUCGCUCGCAUCUCACAUCUUGAUAGCCAUGCUCGAUCAAGGGGUUGACGAGAUCACAGAUCCGAGCGUGCAUAUCUCAAUGGCGUUCAUCUGGUGUUUGACCUUUCACCCGGCCGCCAUGCACCGAGUGGAACCACUAGUUCCAUGGACGAGGCUGGUGACGUAUCUGAACGGUUUGUUCCAGCCAGACCACUUCAGCAAUAGGACUGAGAGUGAGCGAAUCUCAAAAUUGGACGAUGAACCUGUCGAACAGUUACCAGAAGAUUCUUUGAUUCGAGGACAGGUCUGGAGCCGGCUUUAUUAUCCAGAGGUAUUUUUCGAGGAAGCAGCCUCAGAGGAGGACCGAUCAACCGAGGAAGGGCCCUCUACUGCUAUUUCUAGAAGGCAUCGAUGUCUUUGGCUUGGAAUGAGGAUGGCAGCCAUUUGUCACCCUUUUUUACUCUCUUUGAAAAAGAUGAGAAAUAGAAGACUGAUCAUUGAAGACAGGUGGGCCGUUGGUUGCAGUUUGACCGGACACACAGAUUCAGCGUUACCGAGCUAG